AUGAUCAGUGAAGCCUCAGAUACCCCAUUUAACGACACCUCGACCAAAAUGGGGCCCAGGACCUAUCUGACCACUGGUCUGAGGCACCUAAACAAGCCCCGCAGCCUGGAUCCCGGUGAAACCUUCAUUGUCCGGUACAAGAAUUCCCUUCGUCAGUACAGAUCCGACGUCUGGAUUGGCGUGGUUUUAUCGGAUCAAUUCGGCCCAACCAGACAUAUCUCUCGCCGCCCUGUUGGUGCCCAGCCGACUGAGGGUGAGUGGAUGACGCAUCUGAAAGACCGGGUGUAUUCCGUGUAUCUUCCCGGGCGAAACAUGUACAAAUGGGUCGGACUCCAGGAUAUCUUUGUCCUCAACGAGAAGACAAUCAACGUUCUUCGACGUGCCGGGAGAGAGCUAGAUGCCAAGGUCUGGGAUGAUCUGAUGGACAUCAUCCGAACUAAGCCCGGGCUGGAUUUCUGGAAAAACAUGGCUCUUCAGGAACAAGGCGCCAAAGGAAAACGAGGCAAGGAACUCCGGCUUGUGUUACCGAGUGGCCAUGAAGACCUUGUCUCCGGCGGAGAAAGCCAUGGUCACUCCGAGUCUGACGAGGAAGAUGAAGAGGACAAAGAUGACGCUCAAGAUGAACAUAAAGAAGUUCCAUCAGAUGGAGUGGAGCCUAAUACUGAUGUUGUACCUCGCUCAUCUAAUGAGCAAACAACUAUCAGGUCAUUUUCCAACGCGCGUUCUGCGCAUGGUGUUCAGUUCAGGCAACCGUUGAAAUUGUUUCACGAUGCCAACACCACUUCAUCUCCAUCUGAAAAAGUCACUUUUGCAGACAGAGAGGGUUCCAGCUUAGGGAUGACCUGGAAAUUCAACCCGUGUCCCCCUCUGCCUCCCACUUCUUCUCAUUCUCUCCCAACCCCACCGGCGUUUACCCCACCAACCAGCAUGACUCAAGGCACGGUGCCUAAGGUUGAGAGUACUAGUGGUAGUGUUAUUACCACUACUAAUGCUGGUAUUGCUACUACCGGUGGCCGUGUUUCAGACAUGACACCCCAGCAACCCGCUGCGGAGUUCUCAAUCUUUGAUUUGACCCUCAGCCAGGCUCUGAACCAUGUCUUCCUGAAUCAAAGUGAAGCCGCCAAGGUCACCGAUGUGUUCAUAGGCGCUGUGGCUCUUGAGAAACAGCCUGAGCGCUUGCAGAUUCGUGAAUACUUAGCAGAUGGAGAAUUCCGCCCUCGCCUGAUCACACUGAAAACCUCCGGCUUCUCUCAUCCCACUCCAUUCCCAGCCCUGGAUUCCAACAGCAGCACCACCACCUUCCGCGUGGUUGGCGACCAAAUGGGAAUUGGUCAGAACUUCAAACUGCAGGGCGUGAGCAACAGCCUCGAUCUGGAAAACGCCAUUACCACCCUCGGAAGAGUAUACCUUCAAGCCCGCCGUUUUGGCCUGAUGGAUUUGGUUUAUCGAAUUACAUUCAAGCUCCAAGUCGCCUGGAACUGCUACCCGGAGCUAUACCAAUCCAAACCUCUCCUCGAAGUUGCGUCUCUUGCCUUCGCCGGUCGUAUGGAGUUUGAUGAGGCUGAAUGCGACUACCUCCAGUCAUGGCUCAUUCACUUCAUUGCCGAGGCCUCCGACUUGCUCACAUACAACGCCAACGAGCAGUUCUGGGCGUUGUUGCGAUCUCAUCCGAAGCUUCAAGACAAAGUCCUCGAUCUUCGCACCGUCGCUCACAUCCAUAACCCGGAGUUGUAUGGGAAUACCCGUGCCCUCCUUGAGAGCCGCGGUCUGGGAAUCUUCUGA